CUCACACUAUUUGCUAUAUGCGCUCCUACAGGGACAGUCUAUUAAAAAGUGCUACAAUAAGAUUCUUGGGAAAUUAGGGACGAUGACCUUCCUGCUUUCCUGUAUUUCUCUUGUUGCCUUUGCUGUGAUUUUAAAUAAACAGGGAGAAUGCCAGAGAGUUCAGCUGAACAUGUAUAAGGAUUCCUUCGAUGAUCAAUAUUUUGGAUGCAUUGAAGAUAUGGAGUCAAUACUUCCAGAGCUACUGAAAAAUGAGAGGAACGAAAACGAGUAUUUAAACGGCGCUUGGGAGAGCGCUGCCAAUAUAUGGCAAUCCAAGAAAUCCUCCCUAAAAGCUCUCCCCAAAGAUUUCAGAGAUGAGCAUGGCAUCGCCAUAUUGACUUAUACCAAUAUAAGUAGCCCUGUUUAUAAACAAUUAAACCAAGGGAUUCGAGAAUAUGGUGUGGCUCCUCGGAACUUCAAAUACCAUUCGUUACAUUUUUACCUUACGAGAGCUAUGACUUUGCUGCGAUCGAGUUGUAAUGGGGAACCAUUGUACACCUAUCGUGGUACUAGCAAAAUUCAGUUUGAACCUCCCGUGGGUUUGGAGCAGAAUAUAAGACUAAGUCAAUUUUCGUCAUCAUCUACUGACAUCAAGGAAGCACAAAAGUUUGGCAAUGCCUCCUUCUUCAGGAUCACCACUUGCUAUGGCGUUGAUAUCCAAAGCUUUUCGUACUUUCCAUCGCAGAAAGAGGUGUUGAUUCCAGUGGAUGAGGUGUUCCGUGUGACCAGCUACGCUAAAGACGGGAACAAGUUCAUUCUGACCGGCACAAAUCAGAGAUGCAGCUUUUAUAAUUGUGAUUACCUAGGCGGUACCAAGAGAGAAGUCUGCACAUAUAAUUCAGCUUCAGUGACUCAUCUUUUUCCUGGACCAUUGACUUUGACACUCCUCAUCGGAUUAGUUAUUACAGUUACAACAAUUCCAGCUUGAGAAGAAGUGGCAUCUGGAUGAAGCAUCCCAUGUUGAAAUUAAACUUGGAACCAUAUUUGAUAAUGAGGGGUAAUUAGAGAAUUGGGUCUAUUCUGAUACAAAGACAUAUAUGUUGUUUCAUUAAAGAGACCUAUACAGUGA